CUCGGCCUUUGGGAGGGAGCGGCCUGUCUGUCUGUCUGUCUGUCUGUCUGUCCAGGGACUCUGCGGCCUGCUCUCUCCUCUGCGCAUGCGUCCUCUCUCUCUCUCCCCCCCCCCUCCAGAAGACUGUGACGCGCUCUUGGUGGGGCUGCCCCUGAAGAAGGCUGUUUUCAUGUUUGUCUUGUUACGCAUUUUCAAUGGUAUCCUGAGGCUUUCAUGCCAAGCUGCUUUGAGUCCCUUUUGGGGAGAUCAAGCGGGGUAUAAAUAUCCCAACAAACAACCACGAGCAGUUUUGGUUCUUGGCCAAUGGACAGAGCAGUUCAAGCCCAACCUUCACCCUCAGUCUUCCAUUCAAUGUGGCUUUGUUUUUAUAGGCAUUCAAGGCGUCAGAUGGUGCCCUUGUUGUCAGCCGCCCUCAAUGAUGUCAAUACAUCUCUCCCUCAAACGGAUAUACAGCAGAGUCUCACUUAUCCAACAGAAACGGGCCGGCAGAAUGUUGGAUAAGCGAAUAUGUUGGAUAAUAAGGAGGCACUAAGGAAAAGCCUAUUAAACAUCAAAUGAGGUUAUGAUUUUACAAAUGAAGCACCAAAACAUCAUGUUAGACAACAAAUUUGACAGAAAAAGUAGUUCAAUACGCAGUAAUGCUAUGUAGUAAUUACUGUAUUUACGAAUUUAGCACCAAAAUAUCACGAUGUAUUGAAAACAUUGACGACAAAAAUGCGUUGGAUAAUCCAGAAUGUUGGAUAAUGAUGUAAAUUUAGAGCAACGGGAAGAGCCAGGGAGGCAGUUCCAUCUUGUCUCCUGUGCCAAAGUGACAGUGAAGGAGCAGACCUGAUCGUUGGUCUAAAAAAUGGAAAAGCAGUUGGAUCGGAGUUAAUUAUCCCGGAGAUUCUGACAUCGGAUCCUGAGUGGUGGACUCUCUUCUUGGUGGCAGUCUUCACCAUCAUUAACAACACGGGCAUCCUACCAAACCACUGGCAAUUUGCCAUUAUAGUUCCAAUCUACAGAAAAGGUGACCCUCCCGAUCCUUCCAAUUACUGGCCAAUUAGCCUUCUAUCGGUAAUUGGAAAGCUUUCUGCAAAAUUCCUAUUAAUAAAGUUGCAGACCAGGCUGGACCAGAACAAAACCAUCAGCCCUGAGCAAACGAGUCCGUAAGGAUAAAUCCGCCUUGGAUCACUGCUUCGUACUUUCUCAAAUACUCCACGUGUUACUGCAUUACUCCCAGUUUUUAAUCUCUCUUAUCUUGACAUCCAUUGCUUAAACUACUAAAAAGAAUCCCCCCAAAAGUUGAUCUGUCUUCUAUAUUAUUGUCCAUUAUUUUUAAAUCUAGUAGUCCUGCCUUUCUUCUUCGGUCAUCUUCUUGUAUUUGAUCUUGGUUCAAUUGCUUGUCUUUUCUUUUCAGUAUUUAUACCCCGCCCUUCUCGCCCCGAAGGGGACUCAGAGCGGCUUACAGAACACGCAUACGGCAAACAUUCAGUGCCUGAUUCUACAAUUAACAAGGACAGACAACGCAGACACAGACGCAUAACCCGGACCCUUCCCUCGGCAGAGAGGGCCGUCCUGCGGAAAGAAGGGCGUCUGCAGGGAGGGAUUGGCGGAGGCCGUGCAGAAGAAGCUCCAGGCCGAAGUGGAGAAGGAACAGCAGGUGCCAAAAGGUAACCUCUAAACGAACCUUAUGAAGAAAACAUUGCCCUUUGCCUUACGUCUGAAAUGAAAGUACGCAGGGUUAACAAGAACAAGAAAUGAAUUGGAGAAAUUAUAUUUCAAGCUACAUACCUUUGAAUGUAAGGAAAGGAAGGAUUGUGCUGUAAAAAGAGGGGUUGGUAAAGAGAAAAUAAGGCUACAGCAAUACAGAGACUGGGAAGAGGAAAUAUCCUAUUCAGGAGUCCAUAUCUGUGAACUUCAGGCAUAAUAUUUGAAUAAUAAAUGUUAAAAAAUGGAAAAUUCGUUGUCAAAAUCACACACAGGGGAGAAGCGACAUAAUUGUAAGGACUGUGGGAAAUGUUUCAUUGGGAGAAGUUCUCUUGCUAAACAUCAACGAACUCACACAGGAGAGAAGCCAUAUAAAUGUGUGGAAUGUGGAAAGAGCUUCAGUCAGAGUGGACAUCUGCGUAUCCAUCAAAGGAUCCACACAGGAGAGAAGCCACAUACAUGCGUGGAAUGUGGAAAGAGAUUCAGUCAGAGUGGAAAUCUACGCAUCCAUCAAAGGACUCACACAAGGGAGAAGCCACAUACAUGCAUGGAAUGUGGAAAGAGAUUCAGUGAGAGUGGAAAUCUACGCACCCAUCAAAGGACUCACACAGGGGAGAAGCCACAUACAUGCAUGGAAUGUGGAAAGAGCUUCAGUCAGAGUGGAAAUCUACGCAUCCAUCAAAGGACUCACACAGGGGAGAAGCCACAUACAUGCAUGGAAUGUGGAAAGAGAUUCAGUAAGAGUGGAAAUUUACGCAUCCAUCAAAGGAUGCACACAGGAGAGAAGCCACAUAAAUGCAUGGAAUGUGGAAAGAGCUUCAGUCACAGUGGCAGUCUACGUUUCCAUCAAAGGACUCACACAGGGGAGAAGCCACAUAAAUGCAUGGAAUGUGGAAAGAGCUUCAGUCACAGUGGCAGUCUACGUUUCCAUCAAAGGACUCACACAGGGGAGAAGCCACAUAAAUGCAUGGAAUGUGGAAAGAGCUUCAGUCAGAGUGGAGAUCUCCAUAUCCAUCAAAGGAUGCACACAGGAGAGAGACCACAUAAAUGUGUGGAAUGUGGAAAGAGCUUCAGUCAGAGUGGAAAGCUCCAUUCCCAUCAAAGAACCCACACAGGAGAAAAGCCACAUAAAUGCAUGGAAUGUGGAAAGAGCUUCAGUCGGAGUGGAGAUCUCCGUAACCAUCAAAGGAUGCACACAGGUGAGAGACCACAUGAAUGUGUGGAAUGUGGAAAGAGCUUCAGUCGGAGUGGGCCUCUGCGUAUCCAUCAAAGGACUCACACAGGUGAGAAGCCACAUACAUGCAUGGAAUGUGGAAAGAGCUUUAAUCAGAGUGGAAAUCUACGCACCCAUCAAAGGACUCACACAGGGGAGAAGCCACAUACAUGCAUGGAAUGUGGAAAGAGCUUCAGUCACAGUGGAAGUCUACGUUUCCAUCAAAGGACUCACACAGGGGAGAAGCCACAAAUGCAUGGAAUGUGGAAAGAGCUUUUGUCAGAGUGGAGAUCUCCAUAUCCAUCAAAGGAUGCACACAGGAGAGAGACCACAUAAAUGUGUGUGUAAAGUGUAUGAUUUUAUUUUGUUUAUGGAUGACAUGUUUAUUUGAUUUGUUUAAACAGUCAGGUUUGGUUAAUUUAAAAUGGUGAGUAUUAGAGCUGAUAAUACCAGGAGGUAGCCAGCUCAGCAUUGAAGGACAGGUUGCCAUGACAACGGGGGCGGAGCCAACCGCCAUUUGGAAAGGAAAAGGGGGAAUGUUUUAAAACCCAGUUUGAGUCUGUGAUUUCUAGUCGCAGGGAAAGCACUGAUUCUCAUGUGGAGGAUCAGGGUGGCUCAAAUAAAAGAAUUUGAGUCAGAUCUAAAAUAAAGUGACUUAUUUUAGACAGUCUGUGAUUUUGAAUCACAGGGAGCAGUCUGGUUUCAAGACUGAAGGAAACCAGGAGGGACAGACCUCUAUUAGGCCAGACUAAGCAAGUUAGGGGACUUGUUUAGGGUUAUUUAUAGAGGCUGUGGAUUAGGGAAAGUUAAUCCCAGUGGAUCCAGGAGAAUCAGGUUCUAGUUUAGUUUGGAGGAAGAAGUAUUUUGAAAGUUUGAACACCUCAUAUCUGUUUGUAACCAUUAAGCUAAGUGCCUUUUACAAAAUAUAAGAAACCAUCAAGCUCUGUACAUGCAAUAAACUUGUUUUAACUUUUAUUCCA